AUGGCCCGACGAUACUCGCCGCCCGACUCGCCCCUGUCGUCCAUGGGAUCCGGGUCCGACGGCUACGAGGAAGACAUGCACGACGAGGAGGCGGCAGACGGCUCGCUCCGCCCGUGCAAGCGACAGAGAGUCGACGCGCAGUCGAGCACAUCCUCGGCGGUCGUCCCCGAGGCGGAGCAUGAAGCCGAGCCCGAGCCCGAGCCCGAGCCCGACACCCUCGAGGGCAUGUCGGACGUGUCGUCGGACACGUCGGGCGACAUCCCCAGCUCGCCUCUCAACGCGAGGCUGGACGAGGAGGACUUUCAGGACCAGGUCACGGUGUGCGACUGGGACGGGUGCCCCGCGGGCGACCAGGGCGACAUGGACAAGCUGGUCGAGCACAUUCACAACUCGCACAUUGAGAGCCGGCAGAAGAAGUACACGUGCGAGUGGAAGACGUGCAACAGGAAGGGCUUGCCGCACGCGAGCGGGUAUGCGCUCAAGGCUCAUAUGCGCAGCCACACGAGGGAAAAGCCUUUCUACUGCUACCUUCCGGAGUGUGAUCGCUCCUUUACGAGAUCCGACGCCUUGGCCAAGCACAUGCGCACAGUUCACGAAACGGAGGCCCUGCGCCCCUCGGACCCCGUGCCCAAAUCCAUGCAGUCCGGCCCAACGGGCAAAUCCAACAAACUGAAAAUCAUCAUCAAGACCCCCCAGUCGCACGGCGGCGGCGGCGCUGACGAUGAAUCCGGAGACGGGGCCAACGGCGACUCCGGCGCCUCCGACCUGUUCACCGCGCUGCCGGGCGACAUGUUCACGUCGGAAGAGCUGUCCUUCCCGGUGGACAAGCUGUACCGGAAAUGCUACUGGGAGUCCAAGUGGGCCGACGAGGUCGGCGAGGCCCUCCAGAAGGAGUGCAAGGAAUGGGAGGAGCUGUACUACCAGGAGUGGCUGGAGAAGGAGGUGCUCUUGUCGCAGGUCAUCCAGAGCGAAGUCGACUGGCACGGGCGGCGCAAGGCCAUCCUCGAAGGCACGGCGGACGUCCAUGUCCCCGGACGGGCGGCAUCCAAGGACGGGGCGAGAACCAACGGCGUCAAGGGCGGAAGCAGCGCCGCCAAGAAGCCGCACGCUGCUGCGGUGUGA